GACUUUUCUUACCUUCAUCUUCACUGCCCAUCACCACAGCCACCUUUCCUCUAUGUACAGUUAUUCCCAAUUUUUUGUGUUGUACACCUUUAUUGCUACAGGUGUUGGCAAAAACAGAAAGGUAAAAAAAAAUUUUAGGCUGACAAAUGGGCUCUGAAAUUCUCAAGCUCAGACUCCUCCUCCUUGCCUGGUUUCAUCUCAAAUCUCGACCAACUUCAGUAUAUUUUGUUAAGUGCUUCUCCCACAAGGACUUAAAGAAGGCAACUGACGGAUUCAAGAGGAUCCAAGAUAGCUCUAUCAAUGGAACUACUUAUAGAGCUAAGUUCCACAAUGGACAUAUUGCUGUGGUUAAAGAAAUUAGAAUGUUUGAUAAUCUUGAUGAUGAUGCGUUCUGUAGAAAAGUGCAACUCCUCAGCCGCCUGCAUCAUCGUCACAUUGCUUCACUAAGUGGAUAUUCCGCUGGAAAUAAGAGGUUUUUGGUGUAUGAACAUUUGGAGAAAGGAAGCCUGAAGGAUUAUCUUUCAGAUCCUCUCAAGACUCCAUUGAAUUGGAGAACACGGCUUCAAAUAGCCAUUGGUAUUGCUUCUGCACUGGAAUAUCUGCAUUUCUUCUGUGAUCCACCAAUAUACCAUGUUUCCAUCAAUUCAAGUACAGUCAUGUUGGAUGACAAUUUCAGUCCCAAGCUUUGUGAUGUUGGCCUUCCGUCUUCUGCGGGAAGUCACAAAACACUGCCAAACACUUCAGAAAGAGAACGUUGCGAUAAGAGUUGCAAUGACUCAAUCUUUCAGCUUGGCUUGCUGAUCCUUGAGCUAAUCACUGGUCAGUCCUCAGAUAAUGGAGGAGUUGACUUAGUCCAAUGGGUUCAAGAAUCUCGCCUUCCAACAUCCAUCAGUAUGAUGAUAGAUCCAGACCUUGGAAACAGUUAUAAUUCCAGGGAGCUUAGAAGCCUUUUAGCCGUAGCAAGAUUGUGUAUUGAAUCUGUAAAUAAACCAUCCAAGUGCUCUUCGCAGAUACUACUACGAUAUCUUACCACAAAGUAGCCCCAGCCAAAACUUCUUUUUUGAUGAGUGAGCUUGUAAAGCAAUCAGCGGUCAUCAUCACUGUUAUUGUUUCCCGUAAACCACACUUUAUAGCAAUUUUUGUUUUGACUUC